CUGACGGCAGAAGAUCAGAUCGCUCUGCUCAAGUCCAGCGCUAUCGAGAUCAUCAUGCUGCGGUCCAAUCAGUCGUUCAGUCUGGAGGACAUGAGCUGGAGCUGCGGAGGACCGGACUUCAAAUACUGCAUCAAUGACGUCACCAAGGCGGGUCACACUCUGGAGCUGCUGGAGCCGCUGGUGAAGUUUCAAGUGGGUCUGAAGAAGCUGAACAUGCAUGAAGAGGAACAUGUGCUGCUGAUGGCCAUCUGCCUGCUGUCACCUGAUCGGCCCGGAGUUCAGGACCACGCGCGGAUCGAGGCGCUGCAGGACCGCUUGUGCGACGUCCUGCAGGCGUACAUCCGGAUCAAUCACCCCGGCGGGCGUCUGCUGUACGCCAAGAUGAUCCAGAAGCUGGCGGACCUGCGCAGCCUGAACGAGGAGCACUCCAAGCAGUACCGCUCGCUGUCCUUCCAGCCCGAGCACAGCAUGCAGCUCACGCCGCUGGUGCUCGAGGUGUUCGGGAGCGAGGUGUCCUAGCAUCCGAGAGCCCCCCGACACGCUCCGGAGCCCCGGCAGCACACGGGACACCGCUAGAGCGUCGCCCAUCACGCUACGGGGGGCUGUAGGGAUGCGUACGCGCGUGCGCGUGAGCGAGCGAGGGUGGGCGGGUGGUGCACAGGUCUGGAUAACGUUUCGGGAUUCCCGCUUUUAAGCUACGGGAAAUUCCGAAAGGAAUGUAUUAAUAAUGUAUGAAUAGAACGAUGCAUAUAAACUAAUAUUUAUAUUUAAGAGAGAGAAAGAUGGUUUGUAUUAAAUGAAAACGUAUGGCCAGGUGAUCCUCUGUUGUAAUAGGAUUAGCAGGCUCUUCUAGUUCAUGUGCAUAGAUGAGUGUGAGUGUGUGUGUGUGUGUGUGAUGUGCACAAAGUCGGAGAAAUUAAAUGCACUUCAAAUUCAGAAAGGCUCCGUUCCAAAACCUAGUGAGUGCCCUAAGUAGGCAGCAUUUCAAGACAACAUAGGCUCAAAUAGAUGCAGCAUCACAGACUGAAUGCAAUCCCAUAAUGCAUUGGGAAGAGAAUUUUGGAUUAUAAGUAUACUUAAAAAUGUGUAAUGUAUAUGGGUCAAAGACGUCAAAAGAAAUGUACAAAAGUGUCCAUAGAAAGCACAUUAAAUGUAUGUUUAAUGUUUCAGAUGAGUUUUGGAGAAUGAAAUGUCAAAAUUUGGUUGAAAUAAUACUACAUUCUCAUUCAAUGUAACACAAUAUUUAUGUAAAAAUUUAAACAUGCUUAUUCUGACUUGUACAUAUUAAAGUAUAUAAAAGAAUAAGGGAGCAUAUUAAAUUUUAUUUGUGUUUUAAAUGAGUAAAAAAUUCUUACUGACAAAUGGACAAAUUUAAAAAACUAAUUAGUAUUUGGGGUGAAAGAAAGUCUUUUAAUAUGUCAUAAAUUGAUUUUUGUUGUUACACUGAAUGACAUUUUAGUGGGUGUCUUCUGUAAAUUAGAGGAAAAAUGUAUGAUAUUUAUUUUUUGUUCAGAAAAACAAAAACAGAAAUGCAGUUAAAUUAAACAGAAAAUGUUUUAUUUAUUUAUUUUUUUUAAAUAACAACAAUUUAAAGCAGUAUUACACUUAUUGUUUUUAUGCUUAAACCCUUUUUCGUCUUUGACCCAUAUAUUUUUUUUAACAAUUUUCAAAAAUCAUGUUUUUUCAUUGUGCAUUUUAAUUAAUCUCACUCAAACUUUGAUUAAGUAAAAAUAACUAAAAAAUAUACAGCAAUCACAAUAAAAAUAUGAAACAUAAUAAAAAACAUGACUUUUUUUUAAAUGCUUUAUCAUUCUAAUUUUAAAUUAGAAUAAUUGCAAAAUUAUUUUAAUUAUUCUAAUAUAAAAUUAGAAUUAUAAAAUGUAUUAUAAUUUACAAAUAUACUUCAUAUAUAAUUAUAAAUAAUAAUUAUAUAUAUGUAAAAUUAAUUAUAAAUUAUUAUCUAUAAAUUAUAAGGUAACACUACAAUAAUGUUCAUUAGUUAACUACAUUACUUAACAUGAACUAAGCUACUUCUGCAUUAAUGAAACUUAGUUCAUGUUAAUUUCAGCCUUUACUAUUACUAUGCAUUUAGAUCACAAGUUGAGUUAAUACACUGUGAACGAACAUGAACAAACAAUCAACGACUACUUUUUUAUUAACUAACAUUAGCAAAAAUUAAUAAAUAGUGUAUUAAAUGUAUUGUUCAUUGUUCACAAAUGUUGUCACAUAUGUGUGACCAGUUAUAAUUUUUAAAAUAAUUAGAACUACUGGAUUAUAUCAAUUUGGACACACUUUAGAUUGGGGACUAAACUCAUUAGCUAUUAAUCACGACUUUUGCCUCAAUAAACUUGUAAUUACUGCUAAUAUUAAUAGUUAGUAAGGUAGUUUUAUUUAGGUAUUGGUUAGGAUGAAGGAAUGUAAAAUAUGCUCAUGCAAAAUAAGGCAUUUAAUGUGUCUUAAAUAGAUAUAAAUCUCAAUUUCAAAAGACAGACCCUUAUGACUGGUUUUGCAUAUGCAUGCUACUAAACAACUAGUUAACACUAAGAAUUGAUCCCUAAAGCAAUCGGUGACUUUCGCGAUUCCAAUUCAGAACGUUUUGCAGUUCACUAGGUUUUAGGACAGCGGCCAGUUUGGCUCUAAAUUGUGGGCAGAUUUAUUACCCGACUGACCUGGCUGAUAAUAUAUUGAUCUGUCAGUAGCACGCAUGCGUGUAUGAUGAGGACGGAUGCAGUGUAGACACACAACACACACACACCCUCACACACUUUAAACUGAGAGGGAAGGGCCUGACUGUAGGUCUGAUGUCUGUAUAGAUAGGAUAGGAUCUUAGAUGACCACAAGAGAGCUGAAACGCAAGAACCGGCCCCAGAGAUCAGGCCGAAUGCUGCUCGACAUUAUUUAUCCCUCAUAACAAGGCUAUCCAGCUGCUUCGACUUCAUUACAUGGAUCUCCAGUGGAUUUAGUUCAAAUCAAGGCCUUACUUUACCCUCAAAUGCAUGUAUUUUGUUGAUAGCAGAUGUCUUCGUUGGGUCUCGUUUGUGAAACGUGAGCAGAAUUGUCCGACAAACAACAUGCAAAUGCAAAAUUCCCAUUUACAUACGCAAAUGAUUUGUAAAACCAGAAUAGGGAUGAUGUAUGUACGUUGUUGCACCAAUGCACCAAUUUGCAUGCACGUCCAACAAUACUCAGUAGAGCGAAUUUGCAUGAAUUUAAGAGCCGAUUUUGCCGUUCCACGUGUUUCCGCAGCGCUCUCUUGUGGUCGCGAGCUGUAAAUACCACUCGUAUUGUUUCUGUACAUAUGUCUAAUGAAAAGAAUAGGCUAAUACAGUUAAUCAGCUGAAAAGAAGCUUGGGAGAAAUAUGCAAAUCUGAUAUUUUCGUAUGUUCUGGUGUCUUUUAUUUUUUGUUUCUCUCUCUCAGAUGACAUAAUAAGCUUUUACGACCGUAUCUAUCCCUGACGCUUUUAGGUGCGAAUUCCACAUUGAAUUGUAUUGUUUAUAAAUGAUUAUCAUGGCUUAGUUUUGUACGGAUUCUGAGACAUCGAACUGGUUCUAUUUUUAUUUCUGCAAAUCGACGAGACAUCUCAACCAGACUGCUGCUGAGCUGCAUUUUAGCUGUUUCCGCGUUCGCAACUCGAAACUGGUGCUUUAGUUUUGUUUUUGCUACAACCGCUGCCUCAAACCAGCCAAUCUGACAUGCACGUAAACGGUCCGUUCAAAGGACUCGACGAAGCUUUAACAUUACUGCGGGUGAAACGGGAAAAGAGGGGCUCGUCCAGACGUCGGCUGCUAACGAAAAAUGGCGACGUCUCAGCCGGAAGGUUCUUCGGGAGCGGGAUGCACGCCGUCCUCCAGUGGCGAAACUUGACUGGAUUGCAGAUGCAUGUACGUACCAGCUACGAUAAGCUUCGUUUGGAUCGAUCGGAUGAUCGGCACGAUGGCGUAGAGCGUUUUCGCAACCCCUUUUCACCCCCGGAUCCAGAUCAAACGCGACUGGAUCGCUUGCAUCCGAUCAACAAGGGAAAUAAUCCAACAACCGCUUUGGAUUUAGCAGGAGGCUUUGCCCUCGUCACCUCAACCAAGGACCUCCAACCGCGAGAGUCCCGCCAGUUUUGGGUGUGCUUCAUUGGUUGUCAACGGAUGGACGUUACGAAUGGAAAACCGGGGGUUUCUGCCGCCCCGGUGUCCGUUGAUCAGUAUUUUCACGAGGGGGAAGUGGUCGCAGAUGGACUGUCUAUGCACUUUGGAUCAGUUAAUGUUAAUCUUUGCAUCCGCAAAGAAGACGUCGUUCUGAAGGUUCGAACGUCGUCUUCUCUGUCGGAUGUUCUGAAUCGACGGCGACAGACCAAGCUAGCGCUUCAGCUCUCGGUUGGUCUUGCGCCGCACAGCUAGGCUAAAGAAACCCAGCGCGGGUUCCUCGAGUCUAGCCGACGGAUAUAUACGUUCAUGCACGUAUGACAAAGCGGGUGAACGAUUCGUUGAUGACUGUCUGAAUGCUGAUUGUUUAAGGACAACACAAACCACCAGGUGCCGUUGUUAACCAAAAUGAACUACCUCUCUCAUUCAUUCACACAUGUAAUCAUUACACCAUUUCGAUGUUUGUUCGUUUUUUGUUUUUUAAGAAACACUAAAUCAACUUAUUUAUUCCUCUCUGACUCAAAUGCUGGACUGUUUACCUCAAGACGCCUCCAUAAGCCUGCAGCUCAAAUGGUGCUUUACUGCCUAAAAGCCCAUUUCUCGAUGUGCUACGUGAUUUCUUUUAUGCUAACAACAUGCGAGCAGAAAGUCGCCGCGCCUCCCCCAAGAUGCGAAGCGCUCGCUCGCUCGCAUCUUGGCGAGUUUGUCGCUAGCAUCCGUCAGUAUUCGCUCUUUCUCAUGCAGAACGUCAAAGCAUUGACAACCAUGCUAGCUAAUCCCAAAGUAUCCUCAAUAAGCUAGUUUCAAGUAUUUGUUUUACAGCGCUAUCAUGACACUCAGAAAAAAAAAGCUGUAUAUCUACGUAACCGGGCAUUGCAGAUGUUUGCUUUGCAUGUGUGUUCAAGUUUGAGCUAACAGCUCACAAAUCUGCCUCUGGCGCCCUCUAGCUGCUCUCUUUAGUCUUGUCUGUUCUUUCUCUGCAUCUCUUUGUCCCAAUGGUCUGGCCAGAUUGUUUAACCAUGUGGGAACUCAAUCAAGGAUGGCAUGAAGCAUAUCUGACUUCCCUCACAUUAUUAUAUUUAUUUAUAUUAUAUAAUUAUAAUAAAAAUAAUAAUAAAUGUUAAAAAUAAUUUAAGAUUAGCACUAAUAAUAACAAUAAUAAUUAUUAUUAUUAUUAAUAAUAAUAAUAUUAUUAUUAAUAUUAUAAAUGCUUUUAUUCUUGUAAGAUUAAUAAUAGCAGUAAAACACUAUUUAGUAUUGUUGCUAUUAUUUUGUUAUUAUUAAUAUCAGGGUUCGUACAAGUGCUUGAAUUUGACUUUUUGAAAUUUAAGGACUGGAAAACCGUUAAAAAAAGUCCAAUUAACAUGGAAAAGACACCUUUCAUUGCAAGUCGUGGCGUCACGAGUUGUGUAAGAGUUUAAUUUUUUAAAUAAACACAUCUUUUCAUGCAAAAUUCACACAAUUAAAAAAAAAAAACAUACUUUUUGGCCUAUUUCAGUUCACGUCAUAAAACUAUCGAACUAAACAAGUAGUAGUACUGACAGUGUCGUGUAAACAUGACUGACGAAGCAAAAAGAGGAACAAACAAACUGAAUCAAUUGAGUGAGUCAUUUUAAAAUGGAACCGCUCCGAUUGAUUCAAACUCGCGACUUCUUUCCAUUUCAAGCGAUUCACUAGCAAAAACCAGAUCAAAUUAAAAGAGCCAUUUAUUAAUUUCAACAUUGCUUGUAAUGAUUUUAAAAACCAUUGCGUCACAACAUGAUUCACUGUUUCGAUCCAGAUCGAAAAGAUCUCAAAUCUUUUGAUUCAGUUCGGGCCUUUAAAUCGCGUAUCGCGAAUCAUUUGAUUUAGAUUAGAACUUUGGAGCAGGUUCUUGAAUCAUUCUGCGAAUCGAAUGAUUCACGAGUCCUGAAAUAAUGAUUCAUGAAUCGUCGCUUUACAUCAGAAGCAGUUGUUUGUGUGUCGCCGGCAUGGCUUGUUAGGACAAAAACUCAGAUUAACAUGGAAAGAACAUCUGUUAUUGCGUGUUGUUGUGUCGUGGCAUGUGUAGUUAGGACAUAGUGUAAGUGUUUAAUUUUUUUAAUAAGCACAUAUCUUUUCACACAAAAUUCACGCAAAAAAAACAAACACUUUUUUGCUUAUUUCAGUUAUUGUCAUAAAACAGUCAUUUAAGCUGGAACCGCUCUGAUUGAUUCAAACUCGUGACUUUUCCAUUUCAAGCGAUUCACCUGCAAAAACCAGAUCAAAUUAAAAGAGCCAUUUAUUUUUAAAUUUCAGCAUCGCUUGUAGUGAUUUCAAAAAAACAUUGCGUCACAACAUGAUUCACUGUUUCAAUCCAAUCGGAUCUCAAAUUGUGAAUCUUUUGAUUCAGUUCGGGCCUUCAAAUCGCUAAUCAUUUGAUUUAGAUUGGGAAUUCUGAUUGAAGUCCUUGAAAAUCAAAAAAGUAGUGCUUAAAGUCAUUGAAAGUCCUGGAAUUUAUUUUACAGUAUCUGUAGGAACCCUGUAAUAUUAUUUUUAUUUUUAAAACAUUUAAAUAUGUAAUAUUAGUAAUAUAUAGUAACAAGUAAUAUUAAUUUUUAACAAGAAUAAAAGCAUUUAUUUUUAAUAAUAAUAUUUAUUCCAUUCAGUUCCAUUUUGUCUACACUGUAAAAAAAAAAAAAAAAAAAAAAAAAAACUUAAAAAAAGUAAGUGUUGGUGCUGACUUUUAAGUUUACUCAACUCAAAUAUUCACGUUUUCAUGUAGUACAACUUAACAUUUCAUGUUGACUAAACUUUAACUUUUAAAGUAGCACAAACACUUUUUUACAGUGUAUAUAUUUUUGAACACAUUCAUGUCAAACAUUGCCUCCCAAUCCGGUUUACACAAGGCCGGUUUUAUCUGGUUUUACUGAAGGUCCCGCCUCUGACCAGGACCAUCCAUCUGGACACGUCCCUUUAUUACCUCCUCAUCAGCUCAUCUAAAUCUCACUUUUCAUCCACUAAACCCUCAGUUCAUCCAUUUUCCCUUGAACCACACACACGCAAACCUACAGAUUCACCACCAGCAUUUACUUUACAGCCAGAAAUACUUAGUACUUUCUUCAGCGUAGAAGUCGUCUAAUGUCGUGUUGUUUUUUUCGAGUGACGGAGAGACUGACGGAUUACUGCUCAAUGUUUGGACACUAUUUGAAGCGGAUUCUCCACGCUAGCUCAGUCAAAGACCUCUGUGUGCCUACACCCCAAAGCCUUAUUUUGGGAGCAUGUCAGGGUUCGGGCGUUAGUUUCAAUGCAGUUUGUUAAGUUCUGCCCAGUUUGUGAAGUUCAUCGGCGAGAGCGAGGCUCACGGUCGGACUGAACGCAUGUCGAAUCAGUACGUGUCUGUUCGGGAAUUGUAUAUUGUAUAAGAUUACGAAGGCAUACAGAUUUUGGAUUGAUAAAUCAUUUAUAAUAAACAAUGUAAUAUUCCAUAAAACAAAAUGACUUUAACAAAAACCUCAGGACUCAAGGAAGCGAUAGUUUCCUUCGAAUGCAUCAUUUGUUUAUUAACCAACUUUAACUCGACCCUUCAAACUUUAGCUUCAACAUCACAGCAGAUUUGAUCUGAAAGAGAAAACUGGUCGAAGAAGUUGCAUGUUCGAAGCGUUCGUGUUUUAAAAUAGCGUUUGAUCGAACCUGUUCAGUCUGACUGUGAUUCUCGGCUCUCGGAAUGAACUAAACCAAAACUACGGGAAAGUCGUGAUGGUUUUUUAGUGAUCCAAACUUGUUCGUCUCAGACAGACGGUCCGAGAGAACGCUCCUGGAAUCAGGUGCCUUAUUUUACGCAUUCACAAACGUUUGUUCACGAUUACGUGCUACGUAUGCAAUCUAGUUUAACUACAAGCUAAAUGAUGCCAUUUUCUAGCAUGGAUUGAAGACACAUUCUUAUUAUUACAACUCUCAAUCAGUGAUUUAAUUUGAUAAUUGCUUGAUUGCAGGUGUCUCCAAGAAGUGAAGGAUAACUUUUGUAAUUUGGGAUUAGUUGGUUGGAAAAGCAGCAGUUUUAUCAUGCUGUUUUAGACACGGUACUCGUCUGUCUGAGACGGAUUCACCAGCUUGUCCAGGUUUUUUCUACAGAACUCAUUCUUAUUGCAAAUUAGUUUUUCUUCUGUGAAACACGAAAUGAGAGCUUCGACCGAAGCUUUCCGUACAACGCAAGUGGGUGGUUGUGUAUCCUGCCAAGCUCCAAAUUGGAAAUAUAGCGCACGAAUCAACUGGUUUUAUGAUGUAUUUUUAUGAUGCUUUUGUUUGUCCUUUUUGGGAAUUGGACGUAUAAAUCACUGUCCACUUGCUUUUUGCGGAAAAGAGAGAGUUAGCCAUUCAGCCUCAAAUUCCCUGUUGGGUUUCACGGAAGAAUGAAAAUAAUGCAUGUCUGGAACAAGAUGGCAGUGAAUAAAUUAUAACUUUUUUUGGGGUGAACUAUUCCUAAAAUGGCCAAAUUCUGUGGGUUCUGGAACCCAUGAAGAAAUGCAUUAAAUUGUUAAAUGUGGUCAUAAAAGAAGCUCCGAACUGUUCCAGAUACUCUUCUGUCGGGCAAAAUCUUGGACAAAUCUCGUCAGUGGUGGAUCACGGUUUGGAUCUCGAGAAGCCAUCGUGACUUUUCCAAAUCACAGGAAGCGAUCAUGUCACGAACACACCUCUCAUCACUCAGUAUAGUACUAGAGAAACACGAAAAGCUCAAAACACUAAUGUAUAAUUAGCGUUCUUUCAUUUUUAAACUCAGUCAGUGUAGACCGUCUCAUUUGAUCUCUCUUUUUCCCUUGAAUGUCCAUUACACAUUUAUUUUGUGCAUUGUAUGUAGUAAAUGAGAUGUUUUGAAAAAAUCACAAAUAAACAGCUGUAUAUACUGAUGCAUAA